CUGAUAACGUUAGGUAUUUGCUAAAGCUACUAUAGUUAACUAGCUGGCUGCUUUAUUGUGUUCGGCAAACUGGAGGGUUGGGAAGUACAGUACUGGAAUGUAUUUAGCUGGAUGUUACGUAGUGAGGGUAGCUUUAGCCUGCAAUAACAUCUAAAUCAUCUAGCUAGUUAGGUACUUCAUUUAGUUUUAGUUAGAUAGCUAGAUAGGUAACGUUAACUCAUUAGCCCAAAAUUGUUUUGCCUGCCAAUCGUAUUAAUCCAGUUAGCUAGAUAAAGGCAUUUUAAUUUAGAGCUAAUGUUAACUGUGAUGUUUUCUGGUCUGUAUAGCGAUGCACAUUGGCUUGAUCUGUUUUAGGAAAUUAAUUUAGCUAGUUAAAUUAAGUUGAAGUUCAAAGCCUAGUAAAAAAAGCUAAUGUUGCCAGUAACAAACGGCUAACGUUACUUAAAUAUGUUCCUACUGCAGGGGCUUUAAUCUGAUCAAGAUGCUAGCUAGUCCUGUUUGUGAUGUCAACAUGGAGAGAGAUGACAAUCAAGAAAAGGGAGAGAUGGAGAAGAUAAAGAGUGAGAAUCCAUCCUCUGACUGCACACUGUCAACUGGUUCUGCUGAUCUUACUCCUGCUCUGCCCUCUGAAAAUCACACAGUUCCUGAGCCUGCUGGGCCAGUGGGAGGAGACGACGGCACCAAUGUGACUUUAGAGGAGCCUAAGAAUCCACCUCCAUCAGAUACUAUGGGUGAGGAGGGGACCCAGGAACUAGAACUGGCCCCUGAUCAGGAACUAGAACCGGCCCCUGUCCAGGAACUAGAACCGGUCCCUGACCAGGAACUAGAACCGGCUCCUGACCAGGUAAAAGAUGAAGAGACUGAUGAGUGCAAUAAAACAGACUAUCAUAACAGUUCAGGUGGUCAACCAGAGACUGUGCCAGAAGAGGCUUCAUCUUCAGCUGAGAAUGUGCAGGACGACUCAGGGGAGUUUGUGGUCACUAUGUUGGCCAGAGGUAAACUGGAGGAACAAGAUAUGGGAGUGAAGGGGAUGUCCUCUACACUUUCAGAGACUGGCACCCCAGAGGCCCCCCCAUCCUACCGUGAUGAAGACGUGAUGGCUGAGAGCUGGAGGCAGCACAGGAAGCAUGUGUUUGUCCUGAGUGAGGCAGGGAAACCAAUCUACUCCCGCUACGGCAGUGAAGAGGCCCUGUCGUCCACCAUGGGAGUCAUGAUGGCACUGGUGUCCUUUGUCCAGAGUAGUGACAACAUGAUCCGCUCUGUCUACUCAGACGGGCACACGGUGGUGUUCAUGCAGAAGGGUCCUCUGGUGCUGGUGUCUGUGUCAAGCAGCCGUCAGUCAGAGCAGCAGCUGCGUGCUGAGCUGCUGUACGUCUACUACCAGAUCAUCAGCAUGCUCACCCAGGCCAGCAUCACACGCAUCUUCGAACACAAGAAGAACUAUGACCUGCGGCGACUACUGGCCGGCUCCGAGAAGAUCCUGGAUGGCCUCCUCAACCUGGUGGACUCAGACCCCAGCUUCCUGCUGGCAGCGGUGCACUGCUUGCCCCUGACUUCCUCUCUCAGGGACUCCCUCAGCCAGAUCCUACAGAAGGCCAUCACCCCAAACCUGGUCUUCUCCAUCCUCAUUGCCAAGAACCAGCUGCUCACCAUUGUCCAGGAGAAGACGGUGAUUGAGGACACCAGGCUGGAGCCUGCUGAUGUCCACCUGCUGCUCAACCUCAUUGGGGCCUCCUCUGCCUUCCAGGCUGGAGAGAUCUGGACUCCCAUCUGCCUGCCUCUCUUUAACCCUGACUGUUACUUCUAUGCCUACAUCUCCUACCUGGACCCCCCAGAAUGCACUGUGUGUCUGCUGCUGCUCUCCACGGAUAAGGAGGCUUUUUAUGCGGUGGCAGAGUGUAAGAGGAGGAUAGAGUUGGCCAUGCUGGCUCAGAGCUCUCUGAGGCUCAUUGCCAAUGCCCACUCCUACAGCGUGAGCCAGGUGGGUGUCUCAGACCUCAGGCACUUCAUGUACAAGCCCUUUGAUGUCCCAGACAACCACAAGCAGCUCACCCAGUUCACCAGCCCAGAGAUGGAGGCUCCCUACAGCACGGAGGAGGAGAGGAUGCGGCUGCUGGACCUGUACCGUUACAUGCACAGUCGCAUCCACAGCUCCUCCCGGCCCCUCAAGCUCAUCUACCACGUGGCAGAGAGGGAAACCCUGCUGGCCUGGGUCACAAGUAAAUUUGAGUUGUACACUUGCUUCAGCCCCUUGGUGACUAAGGCCCGUGCCAUUAACGCAAUAACCAAGCUUCUACGUUGGAUCAAGAAGGAGGAGGACCGUCUCUUUAUCCGAUACCCACCCAAGUAUUCAACCACGCCCAACCCCAGCAAAAGCUCCCGCAAGUCUGACCAGCAGGACUCCACAGAUAAUGGCUUUGCGUCUCUACUAUAGAGCUGAUCUAGCCCUGGCUAUUCCUCUCUGUCAACAGUUUAUACACCGGUUCUACUAGAAGAGGUGUUUGGCACUGACCACAUCCUACAUCUUUUUGGACUUCAUUGAACUUUGACCACUGGACUAUUGAAGGAUGACUUGCCUUCUUGAAACUGACUCUAUUAUUUCUGUACCUUUAUAAGAAGGCAUGUUUAGUAACUGUGUUAGUGCUUUUAGGUUCCAACUUGGUCAGGAAAACUAAGGAGAAAGCAAACAUUUUAAAAUUCGCUAGUGGUGGAACUUUCAAUAAUAUCUAAUUGUUUUUAUAUUGUUUUAUUCUAUUGUGACAAAGGUGAGAACUCUUCUCGAAGGCAUAAUAUCUGACUCAUUACAUACAACUAUUGCAAUUCAAGCUUUUGUGGUCAUUGACACUGUAGCACAUUACAAAAAUGAAAGGAAGGACUACCUAGAACUACUCCUGAAUUUCUUUUCAAAUGCCUUGCCAUCAUACUUAUUGCUAGAAACCUUAAUGUUGACCGGAUGACAAAUAGGAAAUUAAUUUGAAAAAGUUUGGUUAUUGGUGGCAUGAACAGAAUUUAAAUGUAUCAAUGUCUUAUUUUGAAAUCGCAUCCUCUAGACAACUGGAAUUGGAAGGAUUACCACUCUUGUAUGUGUCUGGAUAGUCCAUGACAUCACCUCUCUACAUGUUCAUUGUUCUCAGUUGAUACAAUUGUUUGACUGGCAUGUUGUCUUUGCAGUUUAGAUUGUAAAUAAUGCUCUGGUAAUAAACAUUCAGUUUUCUAUCCAUAAAAUUUUUACAUCUGUGAGACACAUUUUCUCCCCACACUGUAAUAUUUGUUAUUUGAGAAUUACCAGAGUAAAGUACUUGAAGGCUAAAUGCUUUUUCUGGCCCACAGGUCCUAGAUUGGAGUUCCAAUUUGUGGAGUUCUUUAUUUAAAGACACUUGCUGCAAAUUCUCCCAGCGGAUACCGGGAUCAACUAUGAUGUGUUAUUUCAUGAAUGGUGGAGGUUCAGUCUUACCUGAUUUGACUGUUAUGUUCAGUGAGUUCCUAAAUAAAUCCCAGGUUGCACAAAC